AUGGCUGACGGGAAUAGCACCAGGGUGACCGAAUCCAUUCUUUUGGGUUUUUCAGUCCAUAGGGAGAUUGAAAUCGUUCUCCUUCUGCUCAUCUUAGUGGUAUACACUCUGACUUUGGUAGGGAACUUUGGAAUGAUUUCAUUAAUCUGGUUGCAUUCCCGACUUCACACACCUAUGUACUUUUUUCUCAGUAAUCUGGCCUUUGUGGACCUUUGCUACUCCUCAUCAAUAGCCCCCAAGUUCCUGGAGACCCUCCUGACCAAACACAGGUCUAUAUCUUUCUAUGCAUGUGCAGCACAACCGGGAUUUUUCCUGAACUUCUUGAUAUCAGAGAUGUUCCUCCUUGCUGUAAUGGCUUAUGACUGCUUUGUGGCCGUCUGUAAUCCUCUUGUCUACGUGUAGGUCUUGUCCCAACAAGUGUGUAUGCGGCUGGUAUUGGGUCCCUACUUAUACAGUUUUUCUCUUGCUUUGCUCCACACAGUAGUUAUUUUCCAAUUGAUUUAUUGUGGCCCCAAUAUCAUCAAUCACUUCUAUUGUGAUGAUGUCCCUUUAAUGGCCCUUGCCUGCUUAGACACCAGCCUCAAAGAGAUUCUGAUUUUCAUCUUCUCUGGAUUCAAUGUGAUCAGCUCUUUGACUACUGUCCUUGUUUCUCACUUGUACAUUGUGGCUGCCAUCUUGAGAAUCCAAUCCACAGAAGGAAGGUGCAAAGCUUUCUCGACUUGCGCCUCUCAUCUCACUGCAGUGACUGUAUUCUACGGGACUCUGAUCUUCACGUAUCUGCAGCCAAAAUCAAAUCAUUCCCUUGACACAGACAAAAUGGCUUCUGUUUUGUACACAAUAGUCACUCACAUGCUGAACCCCAUGAUCUACAUCUUGAGGAACCAAGAGGUAAAGAAAGCCUUGAGGAAAGCCAUUGCAAAAUGUUGUGUCCUGUCUCUAAUAAAUUUAAAAAAAUAA